AUGGACGCGCAUAGUCCGGGAAGAUAUAAUGCUUUAGAUCGCUUCCGUAUUAUUGAGAAAAUAGGUACAGGUACAUACGGAAGCGUAUAUAAAGCCGUCGACCUGGAUCAAAAGCAAAUUGUGGCAUUAAAGGUGAUGAAAUCUUUCAAUCAAAAGGAGAGCGUCCCUCUCUCUUUUUAUCGUGAACUCAAUGUCCUGCAAACUGUUUCGCAUGACAACAUUGUCUCCUACAAAGGCGUAUGGAGAUAUCCGGAUGAAAUCUGUCUCGCCUUAGAAUACUGCGAGACUGACCUUCAAAAACAACUAUCCUGUCAACCUCUUCUUCAACCUUCCCAGGUUAAGUCCCUUAUGUGUCAACUUCUCUCAGGUCUUGCAGAGCUCCACUCUGCAGGAUUUGUCCACCGUGAUGUUAAGCCUGCCAACAUCCUCAUAAAAGGCGGCAAAACCCUAAAAAUCACAGACUUUGGUCUAUCACGGAAACUUAAUUCGAAACAUCUCACAUCAAAGGUGUCAUCGCUCGCAUACCGUGCGCCCGAACUGAUACUUGGAUCAAACAAUUACAAUUACUCCAUCGACAUCUGGUCAGCGGGCGUUAUUUUUUACGAGCUAUGCACCGGUGAAAAAUUCCCAUCCGCUUGUAGCGAUCUUUCUCAAUUGGAUAAGAUCUUUAGAGUUACAGGAACCCCUUCCCCGUCUUCAGAUGAUGAAAAAUCGCCCGAACCAACGGAUGGCGAUAUUCUCUGUCAACUUCCCAACUGGCGUCUUGCUUCUAUGCUCCAUAUUUAUCCUAGAACGCUCGAGCAGCUUCUUACCGAUAAAUUACCUCAGGAGCUUGCAGAUGCCGUUGAAAUAAUCACAUCUAUGCUCAGCUUGAACCCAAGCAAGAGGCCUAGCGCCUUAGAGCUAUUGCGGAAUCCUUUCUUCUCCAUUUCGGAGAAGAUUACUCCAUUAGCACUCCCGGAAACGAAAUCAAUUGGAGAACGUGUUUCACCAAUUCGCGCGCCGCUCAUCAGACCGACGCCCGUUAUCCUCGAGUGUAACUGA